AUGGAGAAAACGGGCUGUCCUCCCCCCUUCCUCCCUGGCCUCCUUGUGCUUGAUGUAUCCACAGGCAAGAGGAUCUCCUACCAGGACACCAACUACAGGCGCUCUAUUCCAGCUGAAGAGCGCCUGUCCAUCUGUCUGCGGUUUCUUGCCACUGGGGACUCCUACAGGACCAUUGCGGGGAGCUUCAGAGCGGGCAUAUCCACCGUCUCCAUGCUCAUCCCAGAUGUGGUGGCAGCCAUCUGGGACUGCCUCGUGGAGGAGUUCAUGGCUGUGCCUGGAGCAGAGGAGUGGAGCCACAACACGGUGAAGCGGCUGGACGCUCACAGCCUCUCGCAGCCGCUGGACGCGGAAGCUGCUCAUUACAAAGCGGCCGCAGAUGCCCCGGAACACUGCGGCCGCUGA